CGGCCUGCCCCGGCCCGGCCUGCCCGCGCGGGCGGCGCCGAGCACAUGCCCACCCAGGAGAGGCCCGGCGCCCGGCUCGACGGGCUGUUUCUGCGGCGGUUCCUGCGGCUGCAGGCCGUGCUCUUCCCUGGCUGGCCUGCCCCCAGCGCCCUCAUGUUCUUGACGCUGCUCUGUGUGGCCUUGCUGGAGCAGCUGAUUAUUUACCAGGUCGGUGUCAUCCCCAGCCAGUACUAUGAGGUCCUGGGGAACAAGGACUUCUCUGGGUUCAAAACACUGACUGCCGUUGCCCUGACUCUGAUUGUAGUGAACUCCACGCUAAAAAGCUUCGACCAGUUUAUCUGCAACAUGAUGUAUGUGAGCUGGAGGAAGUCCCUCACCGAAUACCUCCACAGCUGCUACUUCCAGGGCCAGGUCUACUACAGCCUGAAUGUGCUGCGCGAGGACAUCGAUAACCCUGACCAGCGCAUCAGCCAGGAUGUGGAGAGGUUCUGCAAGCAACUCAGCUCCAUGGCCAGCAAGCUCAUCAUCUCGCCCUUCACACUGGCCUACUACACAUACCAGUGCUUCUACAGCACAGGCUGGCUGGGCCCAGUGAGCAUCUUUGGGUAUUUCAUCAUUGGAACAAUGAUCAACAAAGUAUUGAUGAGCCCAAUUGUGUCUAAACUUGUGCAGCAGGAAAAACUGGAAGGGGAUUUCAGGUUCAAGCAUAUGCAGAUCCGUGUCAAUGCAGAACCAGCUGCUUUCUACAGGGCCGGGCGAGUGGAGCACAUGCGCACAGACCGACGGCUGCAGAGCCUGCUGCAGACCCAGAAGGAGCUGAUCAGCAAGGAACUGUGGCUAUACAUUGGGAUCAACACCUUUGACUACCUGGGCAGCAUUCUGAGCUACGUGGUCAUUGCCAUUCCCAUCUUUUCUGGUGUCUACAGUGACCUGAGCCCAUCAGAACUCAGUGCCCUCGUCAGCAAGAAUGCCUUUGUUUCCAUCUACCUCAUCAGCUGCUUCAGCCAGCUCAUAGAUCUCUCCAGCACUAUGACUGAUGUAGCUGGCUACACACAUAGGAUUGGUGAACUGCAAGAGACCUUGCUGAGCCUUGGCAGAAGGAAAAAAGAAAGCUCAGAAGCCAAAGCCAGCUGGGAUUUGGAUGGCAGCCAUUCUGAGGAGGACUCGGUGCCAAGGGACACAGCUUUCCUUCUGGAGCAUGUGACACUCUCAGUGCCAUCCUCUGGCAAGCUGCUCAUCAAGGACUUGAGUCUCAGGAUCUCAGAAGGAAACAGUGUGAUGAUUGUGGGGAACACUGGCACAGGGAAGACAUCUCUCCUGAGAGCCCUUGGAGGCCUCUGGGAAAGCACACGGGGGAGCAUCAAGAUGCAGACGUGCUUUGGUCCCCGGGGAGUGGUGUUCUUGCCCCAGCGGCCCUUCUUUACCGACGGCAGCCUGCGCGAACAGGUGAUCUAUCCCCUGAAGGAGAUCUAUCCAGUUUCAGGGUCUGCAGAUGAUGAGAGAAUUGUGCGAUUCCUGGAGCUGACUGGACUGACCGAUCUGCUGGCCAGGGCUGGAGGACUGGAUGAACAGGUGGACUGGAACUGGUAUGACAUCCUGUCCCCAGGCGAGAUGCAGAGGCUCUCGUUUGCACGGCUCUUCUACCUCCAGCCAAAAUAUGCAGUACUAGAUGAAGCCACUAGUGCCCUGACAGAAGAGGUGGAGCAUGAGCUAUACCGUGUGUGCCUUCAGCUGGGAAUGACACUGAUCAGCGUGGGACACAGGGCCAGCCUGGAAAAGUUCCACAGCUGGAUUUUGAAGCUUCAUGGGGAGGGAAGAUGGGAGCUAACUCGAUGUGAGAAGAUGAAGCAUCUCCCAGAUGGGGAAGGUUUCUGAGAAGCAUGCCCUUGUCUGGCCUGCCACCGACCCUACACACAUAUGGGACAGCUCUCAACAGCAGACAAACCAGCAGCUCUCAACAAGUCAUUCAUCUGAUGCAAGACCAGUUACAGAUUUUGCUGAUGGACACGUAGCCAGGUCUGAACUCGUGGGGUUCUGCAAGGAACAGAUGCAUCUAUGCCAUCCUUCUCCCAGUCCCCUUCUCAUGUCUCACUGUCAGGGGGGUAAGGGCUGAGCUGCUAGGCUGCCCAAAGAGAAGGUGCUGCCUCAUGGGCUUUGUAAAAGCAGUAGCUGGAGGAAUUUCCACUCUUCCAGGAUGCAGUGGUGCAAGGCUAGGAUGCAGCCUCCUGUUCUGCCUUCUGUGCCUUACUGGGGCCUCUGUCUCUUUGAUACACAGCUCUCCAGAGCAGACUUCUGUACCUGUGUCUCUGUUGAGGAUUGUGUUCCCCAGCAGGAGCCAAGGGAUGCACUGUAAGGGGCGGGGAAGCUGGCACAGAUAAGGGAUGUGUCUCUGCUCUCCUUAUGACACAGGGCUACAUAUCAAAUGAACAUUUUUAUAUUAAAAUUUGGG